AUGAAGCUCUGGGCAGCAACCACCGCUCUUCUGUUCUCAUCAUCUGUCGCGGCGGCACCACCCUCUGAUAUCGCGAAACGGGACAUUGAGCGUCGACAACAAUCAGCAACUCUUCAAUACUGGGCGGGUGCCGUGCAAUUCGGCCAAGCCAUCACCGAAGUCCAUGGAUCGUUCAACGUGCCCAGAGUAUCGCUGCCGCCCAAUGCAGAGCGGGGCAAGACGUACAGCGGCUCCGCAUGGGUCGGCAUCGAUGAUGCCCAAACCUGCAGCGAGCAGAUUCUCCAGGCCGGCAUCGACUGGCGAAUCAAUGAGAACGGCGUUCAGUACUACGCCUGGUACCAAUGGUGGCCUGCAAGGUCCGGCUAUUGGCACGUCGCAAUCCACCCGGGCGACCAAAUUGACAUACGUGUUGUAGCGUACAGCUCAACAAGCGGCAAAGUAUGGUGGACGAACAAGAGCACAGGCCAAUCUAGGUCGCACAGCUUUCAGAACGAGGCUCCCUUGUGCCAGGGGACCGCCGAGUGGAUCGUCGAAGACUUCAUCUUGAACGGUCGGGUUCCAAUGGCGGCUUUCACGGACGUUCAAUUCCACGGAGCGAGUUACAAGCAUCAAGGUGGGCGAAAGGAUGGUCUGGAUGGAAGCACCGUCGUGAACAUGGUCCAGCAGGAAGGGGUCAUCGUUGAGAGUCAGCUGACUGGGCCCAACAGCGUGGGAUGUCAUUACGAGGGAGGUCAAGGUGGUGGGCAAGGACAAGGAGUAUAG